UUCUCUCAUUCAGUUUUCUUCUUCACACUGCUAUCAGGGCAGGGUCCCUGACAGCUGAUGUGAUAUUAUAUAAAAAAAAGCUUUUAUUUUUUUAACUAAUACAAGUUAAUACGUUAAAUAAGGAAUUUUCGUUGCUAAAUUGGAUAAACGUAAGCCAUUUGGGCUUUUUUAAUUUCAGAAACAAACAUGACUGCCAUCAAGCACGCCCUUCAGAGGGAUAUUUUCACUCCCAAUGAUGAGCGUCUGCUGAGCAUCGUCAAUGUCUGCAAGGCAGGGAAAAAGAAGAAGAACUGUUUCCUGUGUGCCACAGUGACUACAGAGCGCCCGGUGCAGGUAAAGGUGGUGAAAGUGAAAAAAACAGAUAAAGGAGAUUUCUAUAAGAGACAGAUGGCAUGGGAACUACGCGACCUGACGGAGGUUGAUGCCAAAGAUGCCAAUAAGGAGAACCCAGAGUUUGACCUUCAUUUUGAGAAGGUUUAUCGGUGGGUAGCGAGCAGCACUGCAGAGAAGAAUUCGUUCAUCUCGUGCAUCUGGAAGCUGAACCAGCGCUACCUUCGGAAGAAAGUGGAGUUUGUAAAUGUCAGUCCACAGCUGCUGGAAGAGCUUCCUAAAGCUGAAGAGUCGGUCCCGAGCGGAGAGAGUCAGAGUGUCGCAGGGGGAGAUGAGGAUGCUCUGGACGAUUACCAGGAGCUGAACACCCGUGAGGAGCAGGACAUUGAGAGCAUGAUGGAGGUCUGCGAGUACGCCAUUUCCAAUGCAGAGGCCUUUGCUGAGAAACUGUCCCGUGAGCUACAGGUCCUAGAUGGGGCUAACAUCCAGUCCAUCAUGGCCUCAGAGAAGCAGGUGAACAUCCUGAUGCAGCUGCUGGAUCAGGCUCUGGCAGAGGUGGACAACAUCGAGGGGAAGCUGCUCAGUUAUGAGGAGAUGCUUCAGAGUGUGAAGGAGCAGAUGGACCAGAUUUCCCAGAGCAACCGUCUCAUCCAGAUCAGCAACACCAACAAUGGCAAACUACUGGAUGAGAUCCAGUUCCUCGUGAAUUACAUGGAUCUAUCGAAAGGGCACAUCAAGGCUUUGCAGGAAGGAGAUUUAUCUUCUCCUAAGGGCAUCGAGGCCUGCAUCAACGCGUCUGAGGCUCUGUCACAGUGCAUGAACGUGGCACUCAAUCCAGGCCAUGAUAAGCUGAUGGCAGUCAAGCAGCAGCAGCAACUGUUUUCUGAGCUCAGAGACACUUUUGCCCGACGUCUCACCAACCACCUCAACAACGUGUUUGUGCACCAGUUCAACCACUUCAGUCACUUCAAAAUGAGCAUCCCUCAGUUCUAUAGGUCGUCCUGUCUGUCACUCCCUGGACACGAUCAGAGCUCCACACUGUCCCAGCACACAGCUGAGCUGACACUACCCAAACACAGCCCUCUGCACAGAGACCUGCUCAGAUACGCCAAACUCAUGGAGUGGCUGAAAAACACCCAGAGAGAGAAAUAUGACGGUCUUUCCAGGACCUAUGUGGAUUACAUGACCCGAUUAUAUGAGCGGGAAAUUAAGGACUUCUUUGAAGUGGCAAAGAUCAAAAUGGCUGGCACUAGUAAGGAUGGGAAAGGAAAAUUUGCCACGCUUCCGCGGAAAGAGAGUGCCCUCAAACAGGAGGUGGAGAGCCUGCAUGGGAGCUCUGGGAAGCUUACAGGCUCCACGUCAAGUCUGAAUAAACUCGCUGUGAGCAGCUCCAACAGUAGGCGCUCUCAGUCAUCGUCUCUGCUUGAUAUGGGCAACAUGUCUGCCUCUGACCUGGACGUAGCAGACAGGACCAGGUUUGAUAAGAUUUUUGAGCAGGUCCUGAGUGAGCUAGAGCCACUGUGUCUGGCUGAACAGGACUUUAUCAGCAAGUUCUUCAAACUGCAGCAAAAUCCCACACUAGCUCAGGCAGAGAAUGUGGAUGACAGCGAUGGAACGGUUCACUCCAGACCCCUCAGUGAACACAGACAAUCAAUAUCUGAAAAGGACAUGGUUCGGAUGAUGAUGAAUAAGAUCUUUCAGAGCAUUGAGACCGAGCUGAACAGUCUGAUAGCUUUAGGUGAUAAGAUAGACAGCUUCAACUCUCUCUACAUGCUGGUAAAGAUGAGUCACCAUGUCUGGACGGCCGAAAAUGUUGAUCCUGCAUCCUACCUCAGCACAACGCUGGGCAAUGUGCUAGUCACUGUCAAGAGAAACUUUGAUAAAUGCAUUUCUGGACAGAUUCGCCAGAUGGAGGAGGUGAAGAUUUCUAAGAAGAGUAAAGUGGGCAUCCUGCCAUUUGUCACCGGCUUUGAGGAGUUUGCUAAGCUAGCUGAGGCUAUUUUCCGAAAUGCAGAAAGACGGGGUGAUCUGGAUAAGGCCUACAUUAAACUCAUCAGAGCUGUCUUCAGUAAUGUGGAGAAAGUGGCCAACGAGAGCCAGAAGACUCCACGUGAUGUGGUGAUGAUGGAGAACUUCCACCAUAUCUUCUCAACACUCUCCAGCCUCAAGAUCUCCUGUCUGGAUGCAGAGAGAAAGGACGCCAAGCAGAAAUACACAGAACACCUGCAGUCCUACGUCAUCAACUCACUGGGCCAACCGCUAGAGAAACUUAAUCAUUUCUUUGAGGGAGUGGAGGCGCGUGUAGCUCAGGGUGUCCGUGAAGAGGAAGUGAGCUACCAACUGGCCUUCAAUAAACAGGAACUGCGUAAGGUUAUUAAAGAAUACCCUGGGAAGGAGGUGAAAAAGGGCCUGGACAACCUUUACAGGAAGGUGGAUAAGCACCUGUGUGAAGAGGAGAGUCUGUUACAGGUUGUGUGGCACUCCAUGCAAGAUGAGUUUAUUCGGCAGUACAAGCACUUUGAGGGCCUGAUAAACCGCUGCUACCCGGGGUCAGGAAUCACCAUGGAGUUUACCAUUCAAGAUAUGUUGGAGUACUUCUCCAGUAUCGCUCAGUCCCACUAAAACAGGAAAUGUAACAGUUGUGAAAUUGAAUGAAGAGUGCUGUGUGUGAAAGGGAAAGAGAAUGAGUGCUUACGUUGUGUAUAUACAGUGCAGUUGUGUCAUAAACACUGGAACCCUGUUUGUAACAUGCAAAUUGUGUUUCUGUUGUUACUCAUUUCAUUGUUUAUUUUUUGAAAACCAAAAUUGCUUUAUAACACAUUAGUGUAGUGAAUCGCAUAUAACUGAACUCUCUUAUUACUUGUACAAAACCUAAAACACUAAAAAUAUGUUUGCUGAUUUUUCAUGCACAUGAAUGCUGAUGAGUAUAUCAUACCAUAUCAACACCUAAAAAAGGCCUGGAGUCAUAUGUAAGAAAAUAAAGGAUACUUUCAUUUUAA